GAAUUCCCCACUAUAUAAAACCAGCAAAAACGCCAGAACGAAAAGCUUCCACUGAGACCAAACCCUAACCACAAAUUUUCUCGGCUCCCUCCUACGAUGUCAAACUCCGGCGACUUUCACCGUAUCCCGUUCCAGUCCCCGCCCAGGCCUCCGGAGAACUACCAGCGGGACCCGCUGCUCAACCUCUCCGCCGUCCGAUCCCGAAUGGACUCGCUCCAGCGGUUCCUAUCCGAUUCGGUCAAUAGGAAUCAUCUGAUCGGGAAAGACCAGAUGGAGAUGGUGUCCACGGAGAUCUCCGCCGCCAUCCACCAGAUCAUCGUCAACGGCGCUGCCCUCCUCGCAUCCACCGCCCAAAUCAAUCGCGCUCCGCCAGAUCUGAAGUUUUUACCUGUCGAUUUACCCGAUGUGGAAACGAAGGCUUCAGUUACAGCGGUGAAUCGGAGUUCAGUACUCAAAGAUGCCACGACAGAUCUUCAAGUUCCAGGUGUCGAGGUCAGUUUAGGCGCACCUAGAUUAUUCCUGGAGGACCAGUCGCACCGUCCACUUGCGGAGGGCCCAACUACAUCAGAUCUUAAAGUUCUAGGUAAUUUAGGGGAUGUUGAAACGAAGAUUUCAAUUUCUGCGAUGGGUCGGUGUUCAAUUAGGGAUACUGCAAUAGAUGUUAAAGUUCCUGGUAAUUUAGGCGAUGCUGAAAUGAAGACUCCCAUGGAUUUGAGUAAUUCAAUAAGUAUGGACCUUAGUCACAUAAUGCGCGAGCACGAGCGAAAGCGUGAGCGCGAGGAGAACGAUAUUGAAAGUGUCUUUAAAAAACAUUUCAAAGGAGUAGAAGCGAAGACUGAGAGUAAGAGCGUAGAGUUAGAAAUGCGCGCGGAAGUGAAGGGUCCUAUAUGUGACUUAGGUACGGACAUGAAAGGAGUUGUGGGGAUGAAAGUGGAGGAGGAAGAGAUGAAGGAGGAGAUUAUUACUCCGGGUGAGGAGGACUGGGAUAUCAUCGAGCUUGAUGCAGUUGAAUUGCUAGCAGAACACAUUCAUUUCUGCGAUGUAUGCGGGAAAGGAUUCAAGCGUGACGCAAAUCUUCGGAUGCAUAUGCGGGCCCACGGGAACCAGUUCAAGACCCCCGAGGCAUUGGCGAAACCGGAGAGGAGUUCGUGUGAGCUUGAUAACCGGAGGAAUAAAGCCACCCGGUUUUCGUGUCCGUUCUCGGGGUGUAACAGGAAUAAGUCGCACAAGAAGUUUCGACCGUUGAAAUCAGUGAUUUGCGUGAAGAAUCACUUCAAGAGGAGCCACUGCCCGAAGAUGUACUCGUGUAAUAGAUGCAACAAGAAGAGUUUUUCUGUGGUGGCCGAUUUGAAGAGCCACUUGAAGCAUUGUGGGGAGACCAAGUGGAAAUGUACUUGUGGGACCACGUUUUCGCGCAAGGAUAAGUUGUUUGGUCACAUGGCACUUUUUGAAGGCCAUAUGCCGGCGGUGGUGGAGGAGGAGGGGAAAGGGGCGGCCGCAGUGGCCACAGUGGUGGUAGAGGAGGAUGAAGAUGAUGAUGAUCAGAGGAGGGAGGUUGAAACAGGGGAGAAUGGAUUUUUUGAUGGAUUGCUUGAUGGGUUUGAUUCGAUUGAGGGAUAUUGUUUGCAGGAGGCAUUGGGAUCUCCAUAUGGUUUAGGUGCUACAAUGAAUGACUUCUUUAACUUUUGACAUAGCUCAGGUGCAAUUCUUUUACUGUAUGUACCUGUACCUGUAUCUGAUGUUUUUAGCAUUUAGGGAUAUUUGUAUUGUUUGUACUAAUAACCAUUACAGUUCUCCUCGUGGAGUUGUGUUUUUUUGUUCCUCAUAGCUUCUGUUGUUGUUGUUGUAGCUGCUGAUAUUCUUCUGCCUGUUUAGAUUCUGCAAUAAAAUUCAUAUUUUUCCUGGUUC